AGGUAAAGAUUACAACUUUUUAUUUUAUUUUAAGGUAAAUACUAAAUACUACCUCACUCAAUUGAUAAGUUGUUUCUUAAAGGAUUUUUUCCGUAGAUUUUUCUUUAAAUUAUGAACGCCACAAUAAUCACAUGCAAGAUUAAAGCCUGUGGGAGAUCGUCACCGACUGGAGAGAAGCGGACGCUUGAUUUGACUGACUUUUUUUUCUGUGAUGCAUUAAUUUUGACUGCAAUGGCCAAUGCCCAAAGAGCUGUUCAUGGACAUUAGACUCCCACUGUCAAAAAACCCAAAGUUCUUCCACUUUCUCACAGAUACGGAUGAUGGAGAGAGAAAGUGGAACAGAGUUUUCCUUGAACCAAUUAUAAUAAGACAAUGGGGGAAGAAGCAGAGACUGAGAAUUGAGAGGAAUUUGGCUUAAAAUACUCGAACGAAUUUCUGUUUUAUUGGGAUUCAAUUUCUUCCUUUCUCCCCUCUGUUCUGCUUCUGCGCAUCGCCAUCAUUGCCGAUUUCUACAGCUUUACUCUCUGUAAUCUCCAUCUUCUUCUGAUUCCCUUUAUCAUUUUCUUCCCCCACUCUCUUUUCCCAUCUGGGUUUCUUAGAAAACGGAAAGGGGGCGCGGAAAACAUUGAACCCACUUGGGAAUUCGAUUUAUUUUCACUAUUUUUACUCUCUUUUUUCCGCCAUGACCGUGGAGGGCCAUUCCGUUGCUUCCGCCGGCGAAGAUGGCGCCGCUGAUCGUUUCCCAGUUGGGAUGCGGGUUCUCGCCGUCGACGACGACCCUAUUUGUCUCAAAGUACUUGAGAGUCUCCUCCGUAGAUGCCGGUAUCAUGUUACUACGACGAAGCAGUCCAUUGAGGCGCUGAGAAUGUUGAGAGAAAACAGAAACAAAUUUGACUUGGUUAUUAGCGAUGUGAACAUGCCUGAUAUGGAUGGUUUCAAGCUUCUUGAGUGUGUGGGGCUUGAAAUGGACCUACCUGUGAUUAUGUUAUCAGCGCAUAGUGAUACUGAGCUUGUUAUGAAGGGGAUUACACACGGUGCGUGUGACUAUCUGUUGAAGCCGGUUCGAAUUGAGGAGUUGAAGAACAUUUGGCAGCAUGUGAUUCGGAGAAAGAAGCUUGAACCUAAGGCGAAAAACAAGUUCCCUAAUCAGGAUAAGGCUCGAAAUGGAGGUGGUGAAGGUGAACAAGGUUUCUCAUCAACCAGUAAUGCGGAGAAUGCAAAAUUCAAUAGGAAGCGGAAGGACCAAGACGAGGAUGACGAUGAAGAAGGAAAAGAGAACGGGCAUGAUAGUGACGACCCUUCAAACCAGAAGAAGCCUCGAGUAGUGUGGUCGGUUGAGUUGCACAGGAAGUUCGUUUCAGCAGUUAAUCAGUUGGGACUUGAAAAGGCCGUGCCAAAGAAAAUCUUGGAUCUGAUGAAUGUUGAAGGACUUACCAGAGAAAAUGUGGCCAGCCAUUUGCAGAAAUAUAGGCUCUAUCUGAAAAGGAUCAGCAAUGUGGCAUCUCAACAAGCCAACAUGGUUGCAACAUUUGGGAGUAAAGAUGGCACUUACAUGCGCAUAGGUUCGCUUGAUGGAUAUGCAGAUUUACAUGGCUUUGCAGGAUCUGGGCGGCUUCCAAACUCGACAUUAUCGUCAUACUCACCUGCUGGAAUACUUGGAAGAUUGAACUCCCCGGCUGGAAUGAGCCUGCGUGGGAUUGCUUCUUCUGGACUGAUCCAGCAAAGUUCCCAAAAUUUGAACUGCGCUAUUAAUACCCUUGGGAAGAUCCAGCCAAGUACUAUGUUGCCUCCUAGCCAAACUACUAGCCUGAUGCAAGGAACUCCGAUGUCGCUCGAGCUCAGCCAGUUGGAACACAGCAAGUCCAGCGCCCCGAUUGGGGAAUUCAAUACAAUGAAUGAGACAUCUGGGUUUGGAGUUCCCAACAGCUUCUCUGACACUAGGGUGAAUAUCGGAAAUUCAACCAAUUCGGUUUCCCGCUCUCCAUUGAUGUUACAAGGAACCAUGGCAGCAUAUGGAAAUCAGACUUCCCUUAGAGUGGAUCCAUCAAAUGGAGAAACUUUUGACAUAGAAACCAGCGGUUCAAAUUUUUUGGAUCCUGAUCUUCCUAAUGAAAACUGGCAGGGAGCAGCUCAAUUGUCUAGAUUCUCAGCAACUUCUUUGACCCCUAAUGAAGCUUAUAACAAUGAUCAAUUGCACGCAAUAAACUCGACCAUUUCUUCCACUCCCUCAACGAUUGGAAGCAUCCCCGUUGAUUUUUCCACCAGAAGUGCAGUUUCAGCUCCCUUGCAGGACUCAAGAAAUAUGCAAUGCCAGGCAGGUCUUGGCAGUGUUAUUCAAGCUAUGAAUAGCAUGCCAAAGCAGAGUUGGGAAGAGCAUAGAUACGAUUACAGUCAAAACGUGCAGCAUAAUCUUAGCGCAAUCAAUUCUAUGGUUCCUAGCAAUGGGACUCUAAUGAGCCAGAGUUUGAAUCAGAAUAAUAUAGGAUGUGAUAGAAAGGUCAGUUCAUCUUUGAUUGUCCCACCAAAUGCUGCUGCUCUACAUAGCGUGCUUGAAAAAUUGGGUCCUAACGCAAGGGUGGAUGCGGAUGGAAACUACGUUUUGAAUCAAACAAAGUCACACGGAGCGUCAAUUCAAGGCAGUUUCGAGUCCUUGGACGAUAUAAUGAAUGCGAUGAUCAAACGGGAACAAAAUGAAAUAUCAGAAAUGAAUGGAGAAUUUGGAUUUGAUAAUUACUCUCUUGGAUCAUCAUGCAUUUGAGACUCAUGCAUCUCCCAACUGUUGGAUGAAAACAAAGGCAUUAACAGCGAUUCAUCGGUCUGUUACAAGGCUCCAUUGUCGUCUGCUCCUCCAUUUCCUGAUACAAAAACCAUCUCGUUUCAAGGUUUUUACUACAAAACAGCUGAUUUUGUCCUCUUUUUCCUUGUUCAUAAAAUAUUGACAGGACAACUUCUCAGUUUUCUCAUAGUUUUUCUGUUUCCUUUGCCUUGUGCUUUGAGAAUGAAAGUUUUCUUGAAAUCUAA